AUGAUUGCAACAGGGGGCCUCCUGCGUAUCAACCGGCGCCAGGACUCCCAGAACCAAGCUGAGAACAAGAGGAGGAAACAAGCCAAGAGAAAGAAGAACGAUGUGGUGGUGGUGGGUAGCAUGAUGGACUACAAUACCCAUAAUGCUUUGUGUAUUGUUUCUAGUUUAGAACGAUGUGGUGGUGGUGGGUAACAUGAUGGACUACAAUACCCAUAAUGCUUUGUGUAUUGUUUCUAGUUUAGAACGAUGUGGUGGUGGUGGGUAGCAUGAUGGACUACAAUACCCAAAAUGCUUUGUGUAUUGUAUCUGGUUUAGAACGAUGUGGUGGUAGUAGGGUAGCAUGUUGGACUAUAAAAACCAUCAUGCUCUGUACUACAGUACCCAUAAUGCUUUGUGUAUUGUAUUUAGUUUAGAACGAUGUGGUGGUGGUAGGUAGCAUGAUGGACUACAAUACCCAUAUUGCUUUGUGUAUUGUAUCUAGUUUAGAACGAUGUGGUGGUGGUGGGUAGCAUGUUGGACUACAGUACCCAUAAUGCUUUGUGUAUUGUAUCUAGUUUAUAAUGAUGUGGUGGUGGUGGGUAGCAUGUUGGAAUAAACUAGAGAAGAUAAAAAUGAUUCUUUAGUUUUUAAUUUUCUCGAUUUCUAAAGGCACAACCUAGAUUUAAGCCAAUGCAUAGUUCGGCGCAACGCGACCGUUAGACCCGAUGACGUGUUUCUGCGCAUGAGCUUAGCUAGCUCACGUCACCAUGACAUUGCCUACAAGUGUGAUCGGGAAUUUCAAUUGGAGAAGCAGUUACUAGGCAUCUUUAUACUAAACCAUCUUUGACUAUGUGGUGGUGGUGGUGGGUAGCAUGGCGUACUAAACUACAUUACCCAUAAUGCUCUGUGUAUUAAGAAUUUGUCCAUAGCAGUAGGAGAAUUGUACAGUUGUUUGAAGUACAGUAGACCAACAUACAGUUGAAGUCAGAAGUUUACAUACACCUUAGCCAAAUACAUUUAAACUCAGUUUUUCACAAUUCCUGACAUUUAAUCCUAGUAAACAUUCCCUGUCUUAGGUCAGUUAGGAUCACCACUUUAUUUUAAGAAUGUGAAAUGUCAGAAUAAUAGUAGAGAGAAUGAUUUAUUUCAGCUUUUAUUUCUUUCAUCACAUUCCCAGAGGGUCAAAAGUUUACAUACACUCAAUUAGUAUUUGGUAGCAUUGCCUUUAAAUUGUUUAACUUGUGUCAAACGUUUCGGGUAGCCUUCCACAAGCUUCCCACAAUAAGUUGGGUGAAUUUUGGCCCAUUCGUCCUGACAGAGCUGGUGUAACUGAGUCAGGUUUGUAGGCCUCCUUGCUCGCACAUGCUUUUUCAGUUCUGCCCACAAAUGUUCUAUAGGAUUGAGGUCAGGGCUUUGUGAUGGCCACUCCAAUACCUUGACUUUGUUGUCCUUAAGCCAUUUUGCCACAACUUUGGAAGUAUGCUUGGGGUCAUUGUCCAUUUGGAAGACCCAUUUGCGACCAAGCUUUAACUUCCUGACUGAUGUCUUAAGAUGUUGCUUCAAUAUAUCCACAUAAUUUUCCUUCCUCAUGAUGCCAUCUAUUUUGUGAAGUGCACCAGUCCCUCCUGCAGCAAAGCACCCCCACAGCAUGACGCUGCCACCCCCGUGCUUCACGGUUGGGAUGGUGUUCUUCGGCUUGCAAGCACCCCCUUUUUCCUCCAAACAUAAAGAUGGUCAUUAUGGCCAAACAGUUCUAUUUUUGUUUCAUCAGACCAGAGGACAUUUCUCCAAAAAGUACGAUCUUUGUCCCCAUGUGCAGUUGCAAACCGUAGUCUGGCUUUUUUAUGGCGGUUUUGGAGCAGUGGCUUCUUCCUUGCUGAGCGGCCUUUCAAUUUAUGUCGAUAUAGGACUUGUUUUACUGUGGAUAUAGAUACUUUUGUACCUGUUUCCUCCAGCAUCUUCACAAGGUCCUUUGCUGUUGUUCUGGGAUUGAUUUGAACUUUUCGCACCAAUGUACGUUCAUCUCUAGGAGACAGAACGCGUCUCCUUCCUGAGCGGUAUGACGGUGUUUAUACUUUGGUACCAUUGUUUGUACAGAUGAACGUAGUACCUUCAGGCGUUUGGAAAUUGCUCCCAAGGAUGAACCAGACUUGUGGAGGUCUAAAACAUAUUUUCUGAGGUCUUGGCUGAUUUCUUUUGAUUUUCCCAUGAUGUCAAGCAAAGAGGCACUGAGUUUGAAGGUAGGCCUUGAAAUACAUCCACAGGUAAACCUCCAAUUGACUCAAAUGAUGUCAAUUAGCUUAUCAGAAGCUUCUAAAGCCAUGACAUAAUUUUCUGGAAUUUUCCAAGCUGUUUAAAUGGCACAGUCAACUUAGUGUAUGUAAACUUCAGUCGCAUUUCUCAGUUCUCACUUGAAACAUAGUUUCUGUGUUUAAAUGUAUCUAUGUUUAUCCUAGAAAAUACAUUCCUGAACUCUAUUAUAAUGAUGUCCUGUCUGUCUCCAGGUGAAGGGGAAACUCAACCUAUGUUCCCCAUCUGGGCUGGUGGCUGCAGUGGGAGUGGUGGUGUUGAUGGUCGGGAUAGCCAUGGCUGUACUGGGUUACUGGCCACAUGAAGGCCACAGCCAGGGGUAUACAACCAGGGUAUCACCAGGGGAGGAGCGCACAGGCAACGGCAGGAUGAGCUACUCCAAGAGCCCCUUGGUGUCUGCCACCUGGAGCCAUAAUAAGAACAACAAUACAGCCAACCAGACUGUUGGGGAGUUGACCAACCAGACUGUUGGGGAGUUGACCAACCAGACUGUUGGGGAGUUGACCAACCAGACUGUUGGGGAGUUGACCAACCAGACUGUUGGGGAGUUGACCAACCAGACUGUUGGGGAGUUGACCAACCAGACUGUUGGGGAGUUGACCAACCAGACUGUUGGGGAGUUGACCAACCAGACUGUUGGGGAGUUGACCAACCAGACUGUUGGGGAGUUGACCAUCCAGACUGUUGGGGAGUUGACCAACCAGACUGUUGUGGAGUUGACCAACCAGACUGUUGGGGAGUUGACCAACCAGACUGUUGGGGAGUUGACCAACCAGACUGUUGGGGAGUUGACCAACCAAACUGUUGGGGAGUUGACCAACCAGACUGUAGGGGAGUUGACCAACCAGACUGUAGGGGAGUUGACCAACCAGACUGUUGGGGAGUUGACCAACCAGACUAGUGUUGUUGUCAAUGGAAGUUUACCUGUACUUGUACCUGUUUAUGGUAGUGUACCUGGAAGUGUACUUGUAUCGGUAUCUACCCCUCCUCCUCCUCCUCCUCCUCCUCCUCGUCCCUCAGGUGGGUUAUUUCUUUAAUAAGAUAUUUUUACUCACAGAAAAUGGUACAAGACAAAACAUGAAUCAAGUUGUUCAUUUUGUCUGCUUUGCUUAGGUGUCUCGCUCUUAUCUUGGUCAGGUCAUUAGGUAAAGACUUACCUGGUUAAAUAAAUAAAGUCAUUAGUCUCCGCCCUCUGCCUCUUCUUCCAAUCCUUCAGGUGGGUUUCUCUCUGACUUCUUGGACAACUAUCUGUACUCAGACAACCUGAAGGUGUUUGGCCCCUUAGUAAUGGGGAUAGGCAUAUUUAUCUUCAUCUGUGCAAACGCCGUGCUUCACGAGAACAGAGACCAGAAGACCAAAGUCAUCGACCUCAGAGAUAUCUACUCCACCGUCAUCGACCUACACAGCACACGGACCAAGGACUACUCGCCGAGUAACGGACUGGUCAACUACGUGCAGUCCAGAGGCAGUGUUGAUGUAUACUCAGGGUCUUACAACCCCGGCAGGAUACUAGAGCUAGGUUGCAGCUCCUGGCUUUCCAAUACCGGGUCCGGCCACCAGGGGGAGUCCGUCAGCGCUGAGCAGCAGUCCAGACGACCAUCAAUGGCAGGGAGGCAGUGUAGCUGGUCGAGAGACAACCAGACGUUCACAGACACUGUCUACAGUAUCUACAGGGACCAGAAGCGCAGGUACUGUACAUUUUUGUCUAUAUGUACAGUUUGUAUAGCCUCGUUUUUGACCAUCCAGAUCAUGCAAGAUCACAGUCUGUUUCUCUAGAUACGUGUAGAAAAAUAGAAUGUGACCUCGCAUGAUAAUGAUGGUUGAACAAGCGUACAUUGUAUAUGUUGCAAAAUAAAUUACAUUAAAGGUUUCUAAUCUUAUCUAUUCAGGUGUUCGGAGCAGGUGCCCUACCCCAGUCAGUGGGACUCAGAGCAGGCCUCGUACCCCAGACAGUGGGAGUCAGAGCAGGCCUCGUACCCCAGUCAGUUGGGACUCAGAGCAGGCCUCGUACCCCAGUCAGUGGGACUCAGAGCAGGCCUCGUACCCCAGUCAGUGGGACUCAGAGCAGGCCUCGUACCCCAGUCAGUGGGACUCAGAGCAGGCCUCGUACCCCAGUCAGUGGGACUCAGAGCAAGGCCUCGUACCCCAGUCAGUGGGAGGGUACAGGCUCCAUCGUCUCUUCAUCUGUCAACGCUUUCAAGCUCCCCGUCAUCAAACUGAACAACUGUGAGGUGGAGGAGGAGAGGGGACAGGCCGAGAGAGAGGAGACAGAGGGUUGCUUGGAGGAAGAGAUCAUAAAAGUCAAGGAUUUUAGUGAAAAUGGGAUCGAGGAAGAGCAGGUAGCAGGCUACAGUCAAAGUCUGGGCACUAAAGAGAAAGACGCUUCAAGGACUUCAUUGAAUCCUCAGGAAGCAAAUAAUCUACGUAUGGACCCUACAGACAAGGAUGCUUCAAGAAGGGCUUCAUCGAAUCCUCAGGGACCCUAUAAUCUAAGUAUGGACCCUACAGAGAAGGAUGCUUCAAGAAGGAGCUCAUUGAAUCCUCAGGAAGCAAAUAAUCUACGUCUGGACCCUACAGACAAGGAUGCUUCAAGAAGGGCUUCAUCGAAUCCUCAGGGACCCUAUAAUCUAAGUAUGGACCCUACAGAGAAGGAUGCUUCAAGAAGGGGCUCAUUGAAUCCUCAGGAAGCCUAUAAUCUAAGUCUGGACCCUACAGGAAAGGACGCCUUCAGGAGGAGCUCAACCUCGUUGACUCCCCAGGAGUGUACAGAGGUUAUAGAAAUUACCCUUACUGAACACCAGGGGGGCGCUACAGGGACAGACCCUCACCCCACAGGGCUCACAACUAUUCCCCCCCCUCCCACUCUCACGUCUCCAGGGUGA